CAGGUUUUACUGGGACUUGACAAUGCUGCUGCUAAUGGUUGGCAACCUCAUCAUCAUCCCCGUGGGCAUCACUUUCUUUAAGGAUGAGCAUACACCUCCUUGGAUUGUGUUUAAUGUGGUUUCCGACACAUUCUUCCUCAUGGACCUGGUCCUCAACUUCAGGACGGGGAUCGUCAAAGAGGACAAUACAGAGAUCAUCCUGGAUCCACAGCAAAUCAAGAUCAAAUACUUGCGGAGCUGGUUUGUGGUGGACUUCAUUUCCUCCAUUCCCGUGGACUACAUCUUUCUUGUUGUGGAAACGCGCAUUGACUCAGAUUUCUACAAGACAGCGCGCGCCUUACGGAUCGUCCGCUUCACAAAGAUCCUCAGUUUGCUACGACUUCUGCGCCUCUCCAGACUCAUUCGCUAUAUUCACCAGUGGGAAGAGAUCUUCCACAUGACCUAUGACCUGGCCAGUGCCAUGGUGCGGAUAGUCAAUCUGAUCGGCAUGAUGCUGCUGCUGUGUCACUGGGAUGGCUGCCUGCAGUUUCUGGUGCCCAUGCUGCAGGACUUCCCCGCUGACUGCUGGGUGUCCAAAAAUAAGAUGGUGAACGACACUUGGGGACAGCAGUACUCCUACGCACUUUUCAAAGCUAUGAGCCACAUGUUAUGUAUUGGGUAUGGCAUGUACCCCCCAGUGGGAAUGACAGACGUCUGGUUGACCAUCCUCAGCAUGAUUGUUGGUGCAACAUGCUACGCCAUGUUUGUCGGCCACGCCACAGCGCUAAUCCAAUCCCUGGACUCAUCUCGACGGCAAUACCAGGAGAAGUAUAAACAGGUGGAGCAAUACAUGUCUUUCCACAAGCUGCCUGCAGACAUGAGGCAGAGGAUCCACGACUAUUAUGAACACAGAUACCAGGGCAAGAUGUUCGACGAGGAGAGCAUCCUGGGAGAGUUGAAUGAGCCACUCCGAGAGGAAAUCAUCAACUUCAACUGUCGAAAGCUAGUGGCUUCAAUGCCACUUUUUGCCAACGCGGACCCCAACUUUGUCACCUCCAUGCUUACCAAGUUGAAAUUUGAGGUUUUCCAGCCCGGAGACUACAUCAUUCGAGAAGGCACGAUAGGCAAGAAAAUGUACUUCAUACAGCAUGGAGUCGUCAGCGUACUUACCAAAGGCAAUAAAGAGACCAAGCUUUCAGAUGGCUCUUACUUUGGAGCUUGCAGCCCCUCACACCCCCAACCAAACAUUGCCAGUGCAAUAAAAACGGUGGAUGUAUCAGACUGGAGCACAGCAGGAAGACUUUUGCCCACCCUUCGCAGUUUCUACAUCACAAUGGAGAAAAUAGGCGGUGUGUGA